CUCUUCUAUAAAGAGUCAUAUCCUAGACUGACAGAUUCACUAUGUCUCGGCAUCACUAAACACCUUUACUUCAGAGCACUGCACCUUGAAAAACAACAGAUCAACAUGGCUUACAACGGCACCGCCAAAGAGACACAGCCGAAAACUUGGCUGCACCUGAACGGCACUGUGGACCAGAUCCUCGACCGCUACUGCGUCAGCGAACUAGCCCGAGGCUGGCUGGUGUACGUGGAUUACUCGGAAUGGAAGAACUACCGCAACUGCUUCACAGACGAUGCCUGGGUGCUUACCUUGUGCAGCAACGGCUCCCAGCCCAUUGACGACUUCGUCAAGAACUCCCAGAAAGGCCGCGAGAAGGGGGUCUUCAUGGCACACCGCGAACUCGGCACCCUCGUCGACCUCAACCCCAGCACCAACCGCGCCGUCGGCAAGAUGAAAGUCACCAUCACCCAGCGCUUCAUCGACCCUUCCACGAAGAUUGAAUAUGACAUCGACUGUGACGCGCGCUUUAUUAUGUAUUGCCUGAAGACCCCCGUCCCUGAGAACGCUGGAAAUCCCGUCCCGGGCACUGGACUGGGCCCGCGCGCGAGUUCGGGUGGAUGGAAGAUUCAGUUUGUGAAACUUAUCUAUGAGAAGGAUAAGGUUGUCUCUGUGGAUGGGAAGAGUGUGCCUACGUUUUCGAAGGAGGAGCUGGACAAAUAUGCGUAUGCGCAUCGGUAUUUGGCGGCUGCGCGGGCCAGACAAGGGGAAUAUCCUAGGACCGACAUGUCGACGUUGACUGAGACUGAGCAGUUUUGGAACAUGUAUCAUGCUAUCGACGAGUGGUUGAAUGGGCAUGAUGUGUCAGAUGUGAAGAAGACAUUGGGAAUUUGAGUGGAUUUCUACAGAAAAAGCAAUAAACGUGUACAUCUGUUCACCCCUCAUCUUUCCAGGAACUGCAGUCUUUCACUCUUCUCUCAUCACUCUUCUAUUAUUCCCUUCAUGCUCUCUUGAUCCCUCACAGUCAUAACUAGAUAUGCUCCAUUUUCCCCAUAUCAAAGGUAAGCUAUCAUGGUG